AUGGAGCUAGAACUAGGGCUGGGUCUUCCGAACCAGAGUAGUAGUAGUAGUGGUCAUGUGAUGGUGAAAGGGCUGCAGCUUGACCUAAACUCAUCUUCUUCUACUACUUAUCAAAAUAAUCUUCCUAGGUUUCUUUAUCGAGAUGUUUGUUCCGAUCAUGAUCAUCAAGAAGAAGUUGAAAGCAAGGAUUUGUCUUUACUCUUGUGGAGUGGCCAACCUAACCAAGAAGACGACGAUCCACCCCCACACAAGUGGACAAAUCUACUUCACUUAAACGACGACGUACAGAUGAAUGAUGAUGAAGAAGAUACGGAAAUAGUGGGAUGGCCGCCGAUAAAUUCAGUGAGGAAGGAGUUGCUCCACCGCAACCAGCAGCAGCGGCGGCAGCGAGUGAUUAAUAUUAUUCCGGGGGCGAGAAAUAAUAUUAAUAAGUCAAUGUAUGUGAAGGUGAAGAUGGAGGGUGUCCCCAUUGGAAGGAAAAUUGAUCUCAGCCUUUAUCAUUCUUAUCUAUCUUUAACCCAUGCCUUUAUCCACAUGUUUUCUAAAUACACAGCUUAUAAAGAAGAGAAUAGAGAUGGGGGGGAGUAUAGAAUCUUGUACCAGGACAAAGAUGGAGAUUGGAUGCUUGCAGGAGAUGUCCCCUGGGAAAGAUUUGUGGAAUCUGUGAGACGUGUGGAGAUAAUACUAAGGAAAGACAACUAGCUAAGAUCGAUUAUAUUGUUGUCAUAAUUAAUUAAUUAGGUUGUGUCGUGUGUUGUUGAGGAUGAAUGGACAAGUCUGUACUUAAAUUAAGUAUUCAAGGACAAAAACCAGAACAAAUUGUAGAAACAACAACUUGUUAUCCUUACAAUCUGUUGUAAUUGUAUGAUUUAUAUAUAUAAUUAUUGUUAUUGUUUCA